CAUUUCUGGGGACCAGUCGCAAAUUGGGGGCUUCCGCUUGCCGCCAUUGCCGAUACUCAAAAGUCACCCGAGUUUAUUAGUGGCAAGAUGACUGGAGCACUCUCUCUAUAUUCUCUGCUGUUUAUGCGAUUUGCAUGGCAAGUUCAGCCUCGUAACUAUCUUUUGCUGAUGGUUCAUGUUGUCAAUGAAUCUGCGCAGAUUCUCCAAGGAUAUCGGUACUACAACUACUAC